AUGUCUCCACACCGUCAAGCGUCUCAGGGCGGGGCGCCAACUCUGCUACGGCGGGCACAAUCUGACCAGGAUCUUUCGUCGCUAGAUGGCUACGCGCUAUCUGUCCCUGGGAGCACUCAUAGUGCGACCUGGGAAAGUUGCCUCCUUAAUGAAGAUGCAAUCCUCACAGAACCGGACUAUAUAAAUGCUGGGUCUUUCUACAAUGGUCAUGACCAUGUCCAAAGUCUCGGGUAUUUGAAUAUGCCUGAUUUCCAAACCCGGACCUUUCUGGCAGAUAAUCAGGAAUGGAGCAUAACGUCCCCACAAAGCAUAACAUUUCACGAGGCCGAAGGCGCUUUACAAGAACUGGAUGCGUCGAGUGCAGGAGUCUCCUCCGGCGCGGGCAGUUACCUCCACGACAGCCCAUCCUCUGCACAGCCAUUCGCAACUCCACUCUCAACGGCACAGGGCAGUGGUAUGGAUCCAAUGCAAAGAUGGCGACAAAGCCCCCCCGAAACCGAGGCAGCAUCUUUAUCGGCCAUCUCGGAUGCUUUACGCCAACGACCCAUUCGCCCAAUCCCCAGCCCAAGCUCCGACGGGAGACCCGCGUCAACUGCCAGCCGUCAAAGCUUCGGCAGUCGUUCAUCAAGUUCGAUUGCGUCGUCCAGGUCAUCGAGAUCAGUCAGCCGCCGAAGCCCACUACCCGCGUCCCGACGAAGGAAAACGCGUAAUGAUACAGCCCAACCCGGGGAGAUUCGCAAGUUUCCUUGCACCUUUUGCUGCGAUACGUUCAAACGAAAGCACGAUUGGGCGCGCCACGAGAAGUCGCUUCAUCUGAACGUCGAUCAAUGGGCUUGUACGCCGCAUGGAGGCUCCGUUCUAUCGCCCACGACCGGAAGAGCCCAUUGUGCCUAUUGCAGUAUGCUGGAUCCCACCGAGGAGCAUCUGGAGGGUCAUAACCACAGUGCUUGUCAUGGCGAUCCACAGCCGCAUUUCUUCAGACGCAAAGACCACCUAGUACAACAUCUGCGAGGAUUUCACCAAUUGCAAACCCUGCCCAUAAUCGAGGACUGGAAGAUUGAGCCUCCGCUAGUUAGAUCGCGGUGCGGGAUCUGCAAUGAGACACUACCAUCCUGGCAGGCGCGCGCCGAUCAUCUAGCGGAUCAUUUCCGCCGCGGGGCGACAAUGAAAGACUGGAAAGGCGAUCACUGUUUCGAUCCUUCUAUCACGGCCCAGAUCAGGAAUGCGCUUCCGCCGUAUCUGCUUGUGUCGGAGGCGAGAAGUAUGGUGCCGUUCUCUGCUACCGAUCCCAGAACCCUCGAUCAUCUCUCUCAGAUAUUUCAGCGGAAUGGGCAGCAAUAUUCUACGGAUCAGCAGGUCGAGGGAAUCGAUUCGGCCAGUGGCCCGUCGUUUGAUCUCACCCCGACAUCUUAUCCCAAGUGGCUGGCUUUUCGCCUUGGACGUUUUGCGCAACAAACUAUUGCCAAUGGUAUUUUCCCUACAGAUCAAAUGUUUCAGGAUGAGUCAAGGCGGCUGGUUUAUGGAAGCGAAGAUGCGUGGGAGCAGACCAUGGCAGAUAAUGAUGAGUGGAUGAUGUCUUUUCGGAGACAGCACCUCUCGAAUUGA